AACCUAUUUGAAAGAAUAAGUUAUUCACUGCUCACAACCCAGCCCACUGCAUUGUCUCAGCUCGAGAAUUCAUUUUUCAGCGUUUGGGGUGUCGCCUGCUAAGCAAACUCUGAAAUAUUUUUAAUAAUUUGCAUUCCAGAAGCUUUGUUCACCUGAAUAGCAUCUCAACACACACAAUCUGGGAAUGUUUACUUUGAAUUUUGGGGUUGCAGCAGCUCUUUGUGGUCACAAACCCGUAUUUCCGAAACUUAAAAGUUCAUAUUUUACAAAUGAAAGUUGUGAUGAUCACCUGCUUGGUGGCUUCAAUUUGGUGGGGCUUCCAAGUGCCAAACAAAGAAAAAAAUGCGUUUCUUCUCAGUUAAAAUUGGCGGGUAGGGGAGAUAAUAAAGCAGUAGGGGGCGAUAGCAGGUGCGAUGCGAUUGUGAUUGGAUCAGGGAUUGGUGGUUUGGUGGCUGGGACUCAAUUGGCCGUGAAAGGAGCCAAGGUUUUGGUACUGGAGAAGUAUGUGAUUCCUGGUGGGAGCGCUGGGUUUUACCACAGAGAUGGUUACACUUUUGAUGUUGGAUCUUCUGUCAUGUUUGGAUUCAGUGAUAAGGGAAAUCUGAAUCUGAUAACUCAGGCAUUGGGAGCUGUAGGAUGUAAAGUACAGGUGAUACCUGACCCUACAACUGUUCAUUUCCACUUACCGAAUGAACUUUCUGUCCGAAUACACAGAGAAUACACUGACUUCAUUGCAGAACUUGUUAACAAAUUUCCACAUGAGAGGGAAGGAAUUCUGAAGUUCUAUGGUGAAUGUUGGAAGGUCUUCAACGCCUUGAAUUCCUUGGAAUUGAAAUCAUUGGAGGAACCUCUUUACCUUUUUGGACAGUUUUUUAAGAAGCCCCUAGAAUGCUUGACGCUUGCUUUCUAUUUGCCCCAGAAUGCUGGUGACAUUGCUCGGAAGUUCAUUAAAGACGCUCAGUUGCUCUCCUUUAUUGACGCAGAGUGCUUCAUUGUCAGCACUGUUAAAGCCUUACAAACACCAAUGAUCAAUGCAAGCAUGGUCCUAUGUGACAGACAUUUUGGCGGAAUCAACUAUCCUGUUGGUGGCGUGGGAGAGAUUGCCAAGUCCCUAGCACAAGGCUUGGUCAGCCAGGGUAGUCAAAUACUAUACCGGGCAAAUGUAACCAAUAUUAUUGUUGAAAAUGGCAAAGCUGUGGGAGUGAAGCUGUCCGAUGGGAGGAAGUUUUAUGCAAAAACCAUAAUAUCAAAUGCUACCAGAUGGGAUACUUUUGGGAAGCUUUUGAAGGCAGAUUAUCUGCCCAAGGAAGAAGAGAGGUUCCAGAAGACAUAUGUUAAGGCGCCAUCUUUUCUUUCUAUUCACCUGGGGGUUAAGGCAGAGGCUCUACCAGCCAACACAGAUUGCCACCAUUUUAUCCUUGAGGAUGAUUGGGAAAAUUUAGAAAAGCCUUAUGGAAGUAUAUUUUUAAGUAUUCCAACUGUUCUUGAUCCGUCAUUGGCACCAGAAGGAUGCCAUAUUCUUCAUAUAUUUACAACAUCAAGCAUAGAUGAUUGGGAGGGGCUCUCUCAAAACAGUUAUAAUGCAAAGAAGAAGCUUGUGGCUGAUAGAAUCAUAAACAGACUUGAAAAGACGCUACUUCCAGGACUCAAAUCAUAUAUUGUUUUUAUGGAGGUUUGGUUAAUGAUUUCACUAACAUGAGAAGGAAGAGUAAUGUGGGUACACCAAAGACACAUCGACGAUACCUUGCGCGUGAUAGUGGAACGUAUGGACCAAUGCCACAUGGGAUUCCAAAGGGUUUAUUAGGAAUGCCAUUUAACACAACUGCUGUACAUGGACUCUAUUGUGUUGGGGAUAGUUGUUUUCCAGGUCAAGGUGUCAUAGCUGUGGCCUUUUCUGGAGUAAUGUGUGCUCAUCGUGUUGCUGCUGACUUAGGAAUUGAGAGGAAAUCCCCUGUGCUGGACACUGCUCUUCUUCGGCUACUUGGUUGGCUAAGAACAUUUGCUUGACACACGUGUAUGAGUAUAAGUACAUAUCAUUUAUAUCUGGAAAUCUGCAACAUAUUUACAACAGAAGGUUGUUAAUCUCUUUUCACUUUCAAGUGGCAAGAGAUCCUGGAGCAUCAUUAUAUAUAUUGACCUUCAGGGAAAGUAAUUGUUAAAAUACUCGCAUAAAGAAUUUAUCGCUUCACAAUCUGGGGUAUAAGUGAAGAGCUAGGUACUCUUAAGGGUCACAAAUGUAGGUGAAGGGUUUUUAUGUACCUAUAUAUAGACCAUGUAUCCAUGAAGGAUGUAAACAUCAAGUUAUUAUGCAAUAUUAAUAAAAUUGUUAUUCAACACUAGUGAUGUCAUCAAGUCAAAUUUGCAAACUCGUGUAGCUUAGCUUCCU